UACAGAGUGAGUGCCAGGACAGUCAGAGCUACAAGAGGAAGAGGAGGAGGAGGAGGAAGAGAAAGGAGGAAGAAGAAGAUACUUUUUUUCCUUUGUUGUGGAAGCAUUUUAUUCAUUAUCUCAUUUAACCCUCAUGAUAAUCCUAUUUUACUAUAGGAGAAACUCAGGCAUAGAGUUUAGGGCUCUGUGAAUGCUAGGAAUACAGCUAUGGGGUUACCAGGGAAAAGACUGCGGCUGUUGUAAUUCAAACAUUCCAUGGAACAUCUACAGAAGUAGGGUCAACUUUCUGCCUUUAGACUUGACAUGUGCCUCUAUUCACCUUUGGGGCAGCUAGAGAGAUGGAUCUGUGGUGAAGAGCUCAUGCGCUGGAAUAGGAGCCACAUCCAGUUCUCAGCACCCACCCAGUGGCUCCGGUGGUCUGUAAUAAACUCACAUACAUGCAGGAAAACACUCAUGCAUGUAGAAAAUAAAACUUCAAAAAUCCCAGGUUUUGAAUUUUUCCAAAAGGCAGAGUUACAUGUCAGAAUUAAAUAAAAUGUUGUGAGAUAUUUGAUUAUUUCAAAUUUGAAAAUGAAGUCUGAUUAUAGUCUCCCAUUGGAGGGAGACUAUGUUCUUUAAGAGAAUAAUACCAGAAGUAAAAGGGCAACUAUUAAGGGCAGCUGGUAUUCUUUGAGUUGUUUUAAGUGUUCCUAAAACAAGUGUCUUAAGAUUGGAGAAGUUUGGGGAGAGCUCUAUAUUCUGCAAGCCUCUUGGAUCUGUAUCGAGGGGCUUACAAACCUUGGGAAAUGGCGUCUCCAGAGCUUCUGGCGCAUGCUCUGCAAUGACCCAGUUGCUAGGGAUUGAGAAGCUACUUUCUUGUGGAGAAAGGAUUAUACAAGAACACAGUUGAUGACAAGGAAAAAGGAAAUCAGGUAACAAGCUACUUGCAGUAACUUCGACAAAAGGAGACAGUGGUUUGAAUUGGACAUCGGCAGUGAAGAUGAAAAGUAGUGGACUGAUUCAGAAAUAUCAACAAGACUUAGUGACUGACUAAUUGAAUGCCAGAAGAAAAGUCAAAAAUCAUCCUUGGUUUUCUGUCUUAAACAACUGAGUGGAUGUCUGUCAUACUAGCUCUAGGAUUAGCAUCACCUCUAAACACUAAGCCUAUUAGGCUUUCUGGGCCCAGCUACCCAAGUCAUCCUGCUGUUUGGUGACAUCAGCACAUGCAUACACAUAUCUUCACAAAGGUAGAUGAUGUGAGGGGAGUUACCUACGAUCUCAUCCUUCAUUGCUGCAGCAUUGGUUUUGUCUGCCCAUGAAAAGGCAGUUGGUUUGUGUGUGUCAGACCAUGACCGUGUGUCCAUGGUGAUCUCCUUUGUUUGGAGAACUGGAAAGAUCAGGUUUGGAGACAUCUUUAAUGAACAUGGAACGGCAACAAAAGAAUCACUGUUUCUCUUCGAAAUAUUCAGACAAAUCAUUUUGUUCACCAACAAGUUACGCAUCGAAAUUACAGGCAAUUGGAACCAGGAAAGAUAUGACCUAAAGAAUAUUGUAAAACCUAAACCCUUGCCUUCCCAGUUUGGACACUACUUUGAAUCAACAUAUGAUACAAGCUACAACAGCAAAAAGCCACAAUCAGCCCAUAGAUUUAAGCGAGAUGCUCAUUGGUUCCCUGGCCAUCAGCCUGAGCUGGAUCCUCCUCACUACAAAUGCACAGAAAAGUCAACUUAUAUGAGUAGCUACUCAAAGCCACAACCCAGCCAUUACUCUUGGUGCUUGUAUGAUCCAAAUGUGGAGCAAGCUUUGGAUCCGGAAGUCUGAGAGAAGCAGCAGCAGCAUUUUUUUUU